AGCUCCAGUCUUAGUUGCUCUUGCACUGAUAGAAUGUGGAAUGAAGUAUGAAGAUGCAGUGCAGUUCAUAAGACAGAAGCGGCGUGGGGCUUUUAACAGCAAGCAACUUCUGUACUUGGAGAAAUACCGCCCCAAGAUGCGUCUGCGUUUUAAAGACUCCAAUGGUCACCGAAAUAAUUGUUGUAUUCAGUAAAGCUCAACAGCCUAUAGUACUUCUUUGGGAUUAAAGGAUGGAAGCUAGAAUUACGCAGACUGCAUGCCAAAGUCAUGAGUCUGAUAUUUUUUAGUAGUAAAGGAAGCUUCCUUAGGAGUAUUUAAUAGGCUAAAGGCUUAGUAGAAAUGCAACUUGUAUGUUUAGAUAAAUAUCCAUCUGUUUGGAGACCUGGUAAAUGUUUUUGCUGUACCCUGUUUCUGAGCUGUCUCCUUGUUCAUUAAUUACCAGUUCAAAUAUCCUUUAAUCAUGCCAUUGAGUCUUACCCACCUAGUUUCAACUACUAAAAAUUGGGGUACUAAAAUAAAUCAAUCUGUAGAGAGAUUAGGUGCCAAAAUACCCAGCAUAUCAGCUAUAUGUUUUUCCUUAUACGUGAGCGUAGUUCUCAUUGUGUAGGAACUAUCAGCUUAUCUGGACCCUUACUAUCACUUUUUUUCUACAGUCAUUUCAAUAUUGAAGAAUAUGGCCUCUAAGAUAGUCUUGCCUGCUCACUGUAUGUGUUGUCUCCCACAAUCGCACUAGAAUUAUCAGGAUUUGCACAGUCUUUUUAAUACUAUGAAUUACAGCAACUUUUUACCCCAGCAUCUGUAGUUUUCUGUUAACCAAACCCUCUCCAUUUUACAAAUCAUUGCUCUCCGGUUACUCAUGUAGAAAACCUUUUAAAUUGUACAGAAGCACACAAGUCUUUAAUGUCUCCAGACAAAAAAGCCUUACAGUAAAAUUAAUGUUGGCACUUCAUGUGCAACUUAACAGAGGGCCUGAAAAGGUUGGGAGGGGCUAUUUAAUAUUUCUAGUCAAAUGUUGCCUUUGUCUUGUGCAGGAAGUAUAGAAUAUGCCCUUUACUUUAGUAAAUAUUUUUUUAAAACGUAGAAAUGCUUUGUUAUUGUAGCUAAAAAUUCUUAAUCAGAAAAUUUCUGAAAAAUCUUGUAGUUUCUUUUACUGUACCUAUUGAAAGUUGUUUACCAACUAUUGCUUUGUUGAAAGUGUGAUUUCUUUUUUUCUUUUGUUCCUUUCGUUUUUCCUCCUUCAGUUUCUGCUAUGACUUGGGCAGACCUCUGUAAUAUUUUGUAUGCCUUUCAAGCUGCGUAACUUAAUAUUUGGAUACUUGAUAAUUUGUUUUAUUAUGUAAUUGAUAAAAUGGUGAUGUGUAUUAAUGUUAGUUCAACCAUAUAUUUAUACUGUCUUGGGAAUGUGUGGUUAUAGUUCUGUGGGAGAAAUAAUUUUGCCAGUGUUCACCAGCUUGUAAAAUCUAGUGCGAGAGCUUAAACAUCUAAAUAAAUACUGAAAUGCACUUACAAAGUUUGCUGAAACGCUCAUGACUUUCACUUAUUUCUGUGUACUUUGUCAGCAGUCUUGAGGUGCCUAAAUUCAGAAUCUAUCCAGGCAUUUGUUUUUUUUUCUAAAUCUGGGCCUCAAUGUCCCUUUUGCUGUAAUGUUUGCUGUUUGUUUUACUCAUAAAUAAAUGUGGACAAAAAUUAA